UGGUCGCAUGUGAGAUUCUCGUCACCAAGUUCUGUUGAGAUUAGAGUUGAACUUUGUCUCAGUUCCUCUUAUAAAAGGAAACGGACUCCUGUUAUGCUCUGGAGCUGGCUACUCCAAGUAAUCUGUCAAGAACACGCUUGCUCGUGUUUGAUUUGGACUUUGGUGUGUAUGAAGUGCGUGUUCAUUCGUGCGUCAACGUGCGCCGUGAACAGGGAGCUGGCUCCAGCACGGUGGAGGAAUCGCCCAGGAGUUUAUAUAAUUUGACAGCUAUAUCUUCAGGGUGGUGUCUAAAUAAAAAGGAAGUAGCCCGCAGAGCGAGCCUGGAAGUAUGUCCGGCAGCACGCAGGAUGAUGCUGCUGGAUCCGAACCAGCUGUCAGCGACACCGGCGGCGCCCACGCCGGGAGGCCGUCCAGAAAGGACAUCGUUGUGCAGCGCCUGUCCAGCUAUGGCAUUCAGGUCAUGCCCGGGGCUUUCCAGCGUAGGUCGAGGCUGCAGAGGCAGCAAGAAGCGAGCAGCGACAGCUGCGUGCCCGGGGGGGUCCAGAGGGACGCUCCGGAGAGGGGCUCCGUCACUCCCGCCGUGCGUAAAAAGUACCCGAAGGAGCUGCUGGGUAACCCCUCCGCGAACAGCGGCGGCCAACCCCCGGAGCAGGACACCGACUGGGCUCUGUACCGGAUGGAGCACGCCUGGAUGCUGUCCGCCGUGGAGGGAAACUACGAGACCAUCCUGGAGUUCCUCUCCGAGGACCCCCAGCUGCUCACCCGGAGGGACUUCAUCAGCGGGUACUCGGCGCUGCACUGGCUGGCCAAGAGGGGACAGCACGAGACGCUCAUCAAACUCCUGCGGCACGCGGAGAAAGCGGGCAUCCCGGUGAACGUGAACUUGCGGGGCAGCGGGGGGCUGACGCCGCUGCACGUCGCCAGCAUACACGGACAGUACAUGGUGGUCAAGCUGCUGGUCGGGGCGUUCGGGGCCAACGUGGACGCCAUGGACUACAGCGGGAGGAGAGCCUGGCAGUAUCUGAGGGGGGACGCCCCGCCGGAGAUGAGGGAGCUGCUGGGGACCUGGGACGACGAGCACAGCCCCGGCUGCGCGCGCGGCGGCAACAAGAACGGCAACAACAACUGCGCGCCGGAGCCGGGCGCGUGCGAGGAGGUCGAGAGCGCAGAGACAGAGGAGAGAGACCGCUUCGACAGGACGCACAGGGAGGACAGCUGGAGGUUUGGCUCCAUCAGGAAGCUGCUCCCCUCCUUCUCAUUUCUUGGAAGCAAAUCCUGAGAGCUGAGGACGCGAGCAGCUUCCAAAUACGUGCAAUAUGAUUUCUGCUUAUCGCUCAUUUAUACUAGAAUUAACUCUUCAAGUUUAAGUGGAGGCGUGCCUUACUCACAGUAAACUGCGGUACACUUUUGUCAUUUUUUGUCGAAUACUUAAAUUCACCAACUACACUACUUGUAUCAGAGUUUCAAGUGUGUAAAGUAACCCAUGCCUUUUUACAGUAGAAAUGUUUUUCAUCGGUGACUCAGGUUGUUACUUUAAGAUCAAAACUCAUCAAUUACUGUAAUUCACUAAGGCCUCAAAGUACUUGAAAAGCAGCCAGACCAAAAAUAGCAUGUUUACAGUGAGGCGCUGCAGAGUAAAUACAGAUGUUACUUUAUGACAGCUUUCAAUGGAGAAAUG